AGAAGCGAUCGUACAGGAAAUGCCCGAGGAAGUGAAGGUUACCGAGGUAAUCACCGAGGAGGGCAUGUCCAAGAAACAAGUGAUCAAGAAGCGUGUCAUCAAAAAGAAGGCUGGUAAGAAGGAACAGGUCACCGAGAUCGUCACUGUCCAAGAGGACGAUCAGCAACCUCAGACGACCGUCACUGUCACGGAGAAGGAGCUUCCGUUCGAAGAGGUCUCCGAGUUCGUUCCGUCGCGCAUUGAGCUACAAGAAGCGAUCGUACAGGAAAUGCCCGAGGAAGUGAAGGUUACCGAGGUAAUCACCGAGGAGGGCAUGUCCAAGAAACAAGUGAUCAAGAAGCGUGUCAUCAAAAAGAAGGCUGGCAAGAAGGAACAGGUCACCGAGAUCGUCACUGUCCAAGAGGAUGAUCAGCAACCUCAGACGACCGUCACUGUCACGGAGAAGGAGCUUCCGUUCGAAGAGGUCUCCGAGUUCGUUCCGUCGCGCAUUGAGCCACAAGAGGCGAUCGUACAGGAAAUGCCCGAGGAAGUGAAGGUUACCGAAGUAAUCACCGAGGAGGGCAUUCCCAAGAAACAAGUGAUCAAAAAGCGUGUCAUCAAAAAGAAGGCUGGCAAGAAGGAACAGGUCACCGAGAUCGUCACUGUCCAAGAGGAUGAUCAGCAACCUCAGACGACCGUCACUGUCACGGAGAAGGAGCUUCCGUUCGAAGAGGUCUCCGAGUUCGUUCCGUCGCGCAUUGAGCCACAAGAAGCGAUCGUACAGGAAAUGCCCGAGGAAGUGAAGGUUACCGAGGUAAUCACCGAGGAGGGCAUUCCCAAGAAACAAGUGAUCAAAAAGCGUGUCAUCAAAAAGAAGGCUGGCAAGAAGGAACAGGUCACCGAGAUCGUCACUGUCCAAGAGGAUGAUCAGCAACCUCAGACGACCGUCACUGUCACGGAGAAGGAGCUUCCGUUCGAAGAGGUCUCCGAGUUCGUUCCGUCGCGCAUUGAGCCACAAGAAGCGAUCGUACAGGAAAUGCCCGAGGAAGUGAAGGUUACCGAGGUAAUCACCGAGGAGGGCAUGCCCAAGAAACAAGUGAUCAAAAAGCGUGUCAUCAAAAAGAAGGCUGGUAAGAAGGAACAGGUCACCGAGAUCGUCACUGUCCAAGAGGACGAUCAGCAACCUCAGACGACCGUCACUGUCACGGAGAAGGCCCUUCCGUUGGAAGAUGUUUCUAAUUUGGGAAAAAAAUAUUUCACGAAGCAAACUCACACAGUAGAUUCACUUACCUCACAACUUGUUACACAAUACAAUAAUCCACAAACUCACUCAGAUACACUUCCUUUUGAUUUGGACACUAAAGAAAACACUUCGUCAACUUACAUCACUACAUUUGAAUCAUGUACAGACAACAACCAAACAGUCAUCAAGACCAAAAACAUAAAGAUAACACAAGAGCAGGGGGCUCUUAUUGAAGAGCCUUUGGAUAUUGAUGACAGUAUAGUGCAUUUUCCGAGUAUGCAGUCGGAAGUACUAAUUGAGGAAGUACAAGAAUCUGCACCACAACCUCACCUUACAGACCUUGAAGAGACACCUACGAUUGUACAAGAAGUCGAAACAAAUCACAGAGCUCAGAAGAAACAAAUACAAACACAUAUUCAACAGGAUACAACGAUUCUUCCUUUUAACGAGGGUACAGUCACAAUACCAGAAGAAGUAGCCCAAACAGCCGAUGCUCAUACCGUAAUCUCUGCGCAGCUAACAGGCAAAAUAUCAAAAGGAACUGUUAUCCAAGGGGUCGAUUUAUCUUUAAUUGGGCAAGAAGAAACUGAAGCGCCUCUAAGAACAUUCGAUGCACAAAAAGAACAAGCAUGCAUAACAACGGAACUACCUGAAACAGUUAGUGUGCAACAAGUAUUGACUGCCUCGGGCACCAUUGGUAAGCAAGUCACUAAAAAGAAGGUCCUUAAAAAGAAAAUCGGUCAAAAAGAGGAACAGAUCGAAAUAGUUACAGUGCAAGAAGACGACAAACCGGCUGAAACAACUAUAACAGUGAUCGAGGAACAAACUCCGUCAUUAGAACAGAUAAAGGAUGACACCAAGCCAAAGAAAAAGAAGGUGAGGGUCAUUAAAACGAAAGAUGAUACUGAUGAUGUGAUCGAACGAUUGCUUAAUCUAGAAGUGAAGAGAACAGAGCUCGAGCAAUACGAGAAAAUUGAUGUUGACCUACCCAAGAGGUCCCGGCCUAUCGAAGAAACGACGAUCGUAGAGCAUCCUGAUGUAUUGGAAGAAGUUCGAACCGAGGGUGGUGUUAUAAAGAAGCAGACUAUAAAGAAAAAGAUCAUCAAGAAGCGUGUUGGUCCGAAAGAGGAAAUCACUGAGGAGGUAACAGUGCAUGAGGAAGGUAAACAACCUCAAACCACUGUUACAAUAAGCAAGCAAAUUGUGCCAUACGAUAACACCGAGCCACUGGAUGAAGAAUUGAGACCUCAACAAGCGAUUUCUCUAGACGAUGAUGCUUCUGUUAAAAUUGUUAAAAAGAAGACAAAGAAGGUUGUACACCCUACAACAGUGUUGGAAGAAGUGCCACAAGAAAUAUCUAAAAAUCUACCGACAGAGUCAGUACCUGCUGAACAACCAAUCAUCGAAGAGCUUCCUGAACACAUUGAGGUUGUAGAAAGUGUCAGCAAUGAUGGCAAACUCAAGAAGCAUACUACUAAAACGAAAGUUAUUAAAAAGAAAACGGCUGACAAGAUAGAAGAGGUCAAAAUUGUUACAGUUCAGGAAGAUGACCUGGAGCCAGAAACAACAGUCACCAUGACAGAGGAAGAUAAUGUUCCUGAAGCAGUGCAGGUCGAUACUCCAAUCGUGAAACCCAAGAAGAAAAAGGUUAAAACUAUCAGAAAGAAGGGAGACAAUACUGAUGAUAUCAUUGAGAAGUUACUGAACUUAGAAGUGCAGAAAACGGAGCUCGAGAAAUACGAAAAGAUUGACGUUGAUAUCCCUAAGAAAAUUACUCCCAAGUUACUUCCAACGCAUAUUUCUUCAGACGAAACGUUAGAAAAAGAAACCCGUAAUACAGAAGGCACCGGAAAACAAGUAACUAGAAGAAAAAUCAUCAAAAAGAAAUUCGAUCAGCAAGAGGAACAGAUCGAAAUAGUUACAGUGCAAGAAGACGACAAACCGGCUGAAACAACUAUAACAGUGAUCGAGGAACAAACUCCGUCAUUAGAACAGAUAAAGGAUGACACCAAGCCAAAGAAAAAGAAGGUGAGGGUCAUUAAAACGAAAGAUGAUACUGAUGAUGUGAUCGAACGAUUGCUUAAUCUAGAAGUGAAGAGAACAGAGCUCGAGCAAUACGAGAAAAUUGAUGUUGACCUACCCAAGAGGUCCCGGCCUAUCGAAGAAACGACGAUCGUAGAGCAUCCUGAGGUAUUGGAAGAAGUUCGAACCGAGGGUGGUGUUAUAAAGAAGCAGACUAUAAAGAAAAAGAUCAUCAAGAAGCGUGUUGGUCCGAAAGAGGAAAUCACUGAGGAGGUAACAGUGCAUGAGGAAGGUAAACAACCUCAAACCACUGUUACAAUAAGCAAGCAAAUUGUGCCAUACGAUAACACCGAGCCACUGGAUGAAGAAUUGAGACCUCAACAAGCGAUUUCUCUAGACGAUGAUGCUUCUGCUAAAAUUGUUAAAAAGAAGACAAAGAAGGUUGUACACCCUACAACAGUGUUGGAAGAAGUGCCACAAGAAAUAUCUAAAAAUCUACCGACAGAGUCAGUACCUGUUGAACAACCAAUCAUCGAAGAGCUUCCUGAACACAUUGAGGUUGUAGAAAGUGUCAGCAAUGAUGGCAAACUCAAGAAGCAUACUACUAAAACGAAAGUUAUUAAAAAGAAAACGGCUGACAAGAUAGAAGAGGUCAAAAUUGUUACAGUUCAGGAAGAUGACCUGGAGCCAGAAACAACAGUCACCAUGACAGAGGAAGAUAAUGUUCCUGAAGCAGUGCAGGUCGAUACUCCAAUCGUGAAACCCAAGAAGAAAAAGGUUAAAACUAUCAGAAAGAAGGGAGACAAUACUGAUGAUAUCAUUGAGAAGUUACUGAACUUAGAAGUGCAGAAAACGGAGCUCGAGAAAUACGAAAAGAUUGACGUUGAUUUACCGACAAAAUUGAAAAAACCGGAAGAAAGUAUUCUUGAAGAACUCCCUAAGUUAUUGGAAACAAAGGAAGAAUCGAAGUCAAUUACCAAAAAGAAAUCUGUUAAAACCACACCAACGCUAAACUCCACUAUCUUAGAAACAGUUGCUGAAUAUCCUCUUCCACAAGCAAUUGUCGAAAAUCUCGACUUUAAAGACCAACCAAUCCUUGAUGCGGUGUCAGCGUCUGUCGGAGCACUAUUUCCCCAAACAUAUGAACAAGUACAAGAGUUUGUAUUUGAGAUGCCACAGGAGCAGCUGCCAGUUGUUGAGGAAAUGCCUGAGGAGACAAAAGUACAAGAAAUUGUCACUGCUAGUGGAGCUGUUAAGAAACAAACUACAAAAAGAAGAACUGUUAAAAAAACCACUGGCGAUAAACAAGAGUUGGUUGAAGUCAUCACGGUGCAGGAAGAAGGACAGGCACCAGAAACAACGAUUACCAUUACAGAAUCCGAAAUUCAAGCAGAGCUGCCGGUUGUUCUCGAGGAUGUAGAAAGUGAAGUAAAACCUAAACCUAAACAAAAAUUGAAAAAGAAGAAAGUCAAAACUAUCGAAACCACCGAUGAAGUGGAUGAUAUCAUUGAAAAACUACUUAAUCUCGAAGUAAAGAAAACUGAAUUGGAACGAUACGAAAAAAUUGAAGUUGAGUUGAAGAAACGGGCCAAAUUAGUCAUAGAAGAGGAGGUGCCUCAGCCCGAGUCCUCAAUAGCAAUUUUGGAAACUUUAGAGCAACCAGCAACUACCACUGUGCAUAAGUCUUUGACAAAGCAGUUGCCAAAAGACACAGAAGAAUUGAAAGAAAUGUCAAAAAAGAAACCCAAAUCGACACAUCUCACAGAGCUUGAAAAACAACCACUAAUAAUUGAAACAAAAGAAACUGCGAUAGUUUUAGAAGAACAGCCCGAAGAAAGCGUUGCAGACCGACCGAAUGCUAGUCCGGAGAAAACAAGUAAACCAAAAAAGGUUAAAAAAUCUAGGACCGUCAUAGAACAAGAGAUAUCUUCAAAGCACGAAGGACUUGAAGUAAUUUCAGAGAACAUUGCCUCAGCUAAUGAUCAGUCUGAGCCUGCUCCAAUAAUUCAAGCGCCGGAAGAAUUGACGGAAACCGAUAUAGCUCGUGAGCUGGUCAUAACCGAGCCAUUGCUUCAGGAAGCCGUGAUAGAAGAAUCUGCGGCAACGUUCCUAAUGUUCACCGAAAAAUCGCUAAAGAAAACAACUUCUGAGAAAACAGAGGACUCUCCUGCCGUGGAUCAAGAAUCCAAAAAGGUUGAGAAGAAAAUAAAGAAAAAACCGAAAAAGAUGAUUAAAGCAGAAGAAGAUGAAGAGCUGCAACGAUUGCUAAACCUAGAAGUGGAAAAGACACACCUAGAACAGUAUGAAAAGGUUGAGCUUGAUAGUAAACCGAAACCGGAAAAACCGAAACUAGUACUGGAGCCGCAAAAAAUCGAGAGAAAAGAACAGAAACCACAUCAAAUGCAAAUCACAGAAUGUAACGAGCUGCCACAGAUGGUUCGAUUGAGAAAGGUAAAGAUACCUGAGCGUAAAGAAGUGGAAGAAACGCUAGUGCCAAAAGUGUUACUGAAAAGCCGCAUGGUCUUAGUAGAGUAUCCGCCUGCAAUGCUUCUACCAAAAAUUAUCAGUAUGUCGAUCCACAGAGCAAUUGGGGAGAUGUCAAGGAUCGAGGAAGACGACGAUGAUAUUAAGUUGAAAAAACUGAAGAAAAUCAAAACUACAAAGGGCAAGAAAACUGAAUUGGAAAAACCAGACCGUACUGAUUUCGAAGAUGUAAAACCCGAGAAAGAAGAGUUUGAUCAAGAGGCGCACAGAUAUGAAAGAAAGCCAAAACAGAUAACUAAGGACGAGCCAAACGAACGAACACUUACGCUUGGUAAAGGGAAAUUGAAGAAUGAUGAACUUGAAGGCGAACAGGUAAAGCUAAAGAAAACACCCAUAAAACACACGGAAAAAGACGAAGAACAGCCUAAGGCUUCUAAAAAGGAGAUACUCAAACCAUCGGAGGGCGAACCCGAGCAGAGUAAGCAUCCCGUAGACAAACUUGAGUUUACGCCUUUAGAUAUUCCAGAUUAUUCGAUCGACAGGGAUGCAUAUGAAGCUCCGCAGCCUGAACAAGAAGUCCGAGAAGAGAAGGAGAAUAAGAAGCCAAAGACAAAAAGGGCAUCAACAGCUCCAGAAACAGAACAGGAGGAAAAUAAACCGCUUGUUUUGGGCAAAGGUAAGCCUGCAGAAGAUGCAUCCGAGAACGAUAUCAAGUUUAGGAUUCCGACAGCGGAAAAGCCUAAAGAGGAGCCAACCGAUAUCAAGCUCAAACCAUUCGAGAAGCCGUCUCCAACAGAAGAAAAAACCGAAAGAGAGGCUGAUCGUGACAUGGCCCUGCCUUCCACACCGGAAAAGCCGCAACAAUCGGACGUAGAUAUUACUGCUCCAGUGAAAGCGAAGAAAAUUAUAAAGAAAACCAUACAUAAACGUAAACCGGACAGUGUAGAUCAGAUAGCAGAUGUGACCGAUGAAGAAAUCUCUCAAACCGUAACGGAUAUUGGAGACACUCUUCCGGAUGUAAUUACUGCUGUGAUUCCUAAAACCAUCGCCGACGAAGGAUUCGAGAAGUCGGAUGAAUUUUCCGUAUCUCCAACUCCAAAGAGUAACAUCGUAAUAGAAGAGCUACCCGAAGAUAUUCAAGUGACAAAGGGUGAAACCAAAUCUGGUGCAAUAGAGCAAAUGACCGUUAGAAAGCGUGUUAUUAAGAAGAGAAAGGACGACAAAGAAGAAAUCAUUGAAAUCGUCACGGUCCAGAAAGGAGAUGACAUGCCUGAAGCAACCAUUACAGUUACCCAAAUGUCUCCGGAUGAAACCAUUACGGCACCCGAUGAGAAAUCAAAGAAGCGCAAGCUGUGCAUCAAGAAAACAGUUAAACCUGAUAGCCUAGAAGCAGAUAUUGAUCGUUUGCUUAACGAAGAGAUUACGAAAACUGAGCUGGAAGUUUACGAGAAAAGCGAGUACGAACCAACUAAGCGCUCCCGCGAGCAACCGGAGGAUGCGUCAUUGCAACCAGAGCCGUCAGUGCUGGAGCAGGUUCAAACCGUCAAGAAGCCAAGUAAAAAACCCAAGGCCAAGAAACCACAACAACAAGUCAGCUUAUUACAAGAAACACCUACAGAAUCAUUGGUUCCACUCAAACCAGCUGGACACGCCGAUACUCUACAGACACCCGACACAAAACACACAGAAGACAAACGUUCUUCAAGUGCAGCUACUGUGGAUUUGCAAGAAGAUACUUUCGUGACGAACGAGUUCGUUGAAACCGCACCUUUAGGAGAUGUGGCGCAGCCCGUAGAUAUCCAGGAAGUAGCCACUGAGCAGCCCGAAGUGAUAGCAAAGCCUCAAGUAACUGCCGCUCCUAUGGAGCAGUUUUCAGAUGAACCACUGGAACAGACGGACAUCGUAUCGACAGAGCAGCCAGAGGAACUUCAAGCGGCCCCUGUCGAGAUAGCUUCCGAUGUAACGGAGAUGCCAACCGUGAGUAAACCCUUGAUUGAAGCAGCACCCGUGGAAGAAGUGUUCCAACAACAGGUAGAAGAGACUGGUACGACAGAGGCGCUGGAGCUACCGACACACCAUGUUGAGGCGGUCGAUGUACCGGACGCUGCGACACAAACACCAUCUGUGCAAACGAAGCCUAUCCUUGAAGCGGCCCCUGUGGAGGAGUUACUCGAUCAGGCCGAAGAGGAAACAGAUCGUGUGCCGUCCUUGGCAAUGGAUACUUUUCAGGUUAUCCCUAUGGAUAUAUCAGACCACGCCAAUGAAAGACCGCAGGUGCAAGCAAAGCCUCUUUUGGAAGCAGCGCCCGUACACGAUCAGUUUGAUGUAUCGGUAGAGGAAGCAGAUACGGUAGCCUCGGUUACACUGGAAGAGGAGCAUUUGACGCCAGUAGAAGUACCGGACGUUGCGACAGAGGUACCAGCCGUCGAACUUAAGCCAACAGUUGCGGCAGCACCUGCCGAAACUCAGCUGGACCAACCGGUUGAAGAGACUGCUCCUGUUGAGCUGGCACCAUUGGAGGCUGAGAAACUUGAGCCCGUCGAAGAGCAGCGGGUUGAGCCGACAGAGCAGGCGCAGCUUGCUCCAGCGGCCACCGUCGAAAUCGCGCCAGCCGAAGCUCCCAAGAAGGUCGUCAUGAAGGUGAAAGUAACGAAGAAAACCAAGAAAUCCAUCGACGAUGACGAGGAAUUGCAACGAUUAUUAAACCUGGAAGUCGAAAAGACGGAGCUUGAACAGUACGAGAAAAUUGAUCUGGAUGCAACGCCGAAGGCUAAACCAGAAAAGGGUGAGAUUGUUAAAUUAGAGCCUAUUAAGAUCGAGCGAAAAGAACAGAAACCUAUUAAACAACAAAUCACUGACACACAAGAACCACAAACAGUUAAACUCCGUAAAACAAUCAUCCCAGAGAGGCCGGAAUUGCAGGAAGUGACGGUGCCGAAGGUAUUACUCAAGAGCCGGAUUGACCUUGUCGAGCAUUCGUUCAAGGGUCAGCAACCAAAGAUUGUUGAACUGGACACGAGACCGGGCGUAGGACAAUUGUCGCACAUCGAAGAGGACGACACGGAGCGUACUAAGAAGACCAUUAAGAAGGUGAAGAUUAUUAAGAAAGAAAAACCAGAAUUAGAAACACUGGAUAUAGAAAAAUAUGAAAAAGAACCAAAAGCUGAAGAACCGAAGGAGGAAGAAAAGCCCAAGUAUCAACGCCAAGUGAAAGACACUCCUAAAGAGGAAACGGAGGAGCGUACUUUGCAGCUGGGUAAGGGAAAAUUAGUGAAGGAAGAUGAGCAGCAAGAAGAGGUUAAAUUGAAGAAAUUGCCCACAAAACCUAAAGAAGAAACUGUUGAACAAGAAAAGCCGAAGAAAAAGUCUACAGAAAAACCUAUGGAAGAAGAUUUAGAAGGCAAGAAGCGGCACGUGGAGAAGCCUACAUUCGAACCAACUGAUAUUCCCGAUUAUGAAACCCCACUAGAGCCAUAUGUCAAACAUGAAGACGAACCGAUCGAAAAGCCUGCAAACGAGCCAGAAAAACCAGUGAUUCCGAAGGAACCAAAGGUACCGCAGGUUCCGGAAGAACCAGAGCACAAGAUUAUUCUCGGUAAGGGUAAAAAACCGGAGCCGGAACCAGAAGAUGAAUUCAAAUUCCGCAAACCUACUCCUACUAAACCGGAGCAAGAGAAGGAGGAAAUCAAGCUCAAACCAUUCACGAAACCCGUCCCAGAGAUAGAGCCUAAAGAGCGUGAAGCGGAUCGAGAUAUGGCUCUUCCUACUCCCAAGGACACUCCUGAAGAUACGGACAAGGAAAAGACCCCAAAGAAAGUGAUUAAGAAGAUCAAAAAACCCAAGGCACCAUCCCAGGAAGAGGAAACGGUGGCAGUCGAGGAAGAAACUGCGAAAGAGCCUGUUCCAGUUGAAUUGCGUGCUCCAGCACCUGAGGCAACGGUUGAAGAAGCACCACUUAACAAAAAGCAAUCGAAACAAUUGCCAGUGGAGCAACCUUCCGAGGCAAUGUUGCCACAGCCCAUCGAAGAACAUACCGAAGAAUUGGUUAUUUCUCAAUCCGCACCAGCUGAAAAGCCCAUUGAAACUAUGCUAGAGCAGCUGGAGGAAGCUAUUGUAGAAAAGCCAACAGAGGUACAAGAGCGUAAAGAAGUCAAGGGAAUUAAGAAGAAGGUAAUCAAGAAACCGAAAGCCAAACCGGAAGCAGAUGUAGAGCUGGAACGUUUGCUGAACCUCGAGGUUGAAAAGACGGAACUGGAAACAUAUGAAAAGGUAGAUCUAGAGCCGAAGGAAAAAUUGAAACUAGAACCUCAAAAGCCGGUGGCAGUUGCGACGCCAAACGAAAAACCGGUGGAACCAGAGCCGGUCAUCGUAGAGCCAAUGUUCUCUGAAGCAAAGGUGGUUGAAGAAAUAUCGAUCCCAGAAGAAAUUAAAACAAUAGCUCCUCAGCAAGAACCAAAGCUAAGAGAAACCGAAGCCAUUCCCAUACCGGAACAUGUAGCCACUGCUGUACAGCAGAGCCCGGUUACAGUACUGAAGGACGAGCCAGCGGUUACGCCUGUUGAAGUGCCAGAGGUUCCAGUGGAGCCAGCGAAGGUAGAUGAAAAGAAGGUUACCAAAAAGAAGAUCAUCAAGAAGCCGAAAAAGGCUUCUAUAGAUGAUGAUGAACAGCUACAAAGACUAUUGAAUCUAGAAAUUGAAAAGACGGAAUUGGAAAAGUACGAGAAAGUGGACGUGGAAAUUAAGAAACCGGAAAAAACGGUAGAAUCGGUCGAUGAGCGGCAUGAAUCCCAGGUAGCUGUGGUUGAAGAGGCAGCACCGGUGGAAGUAACGAUCAAGCCUAAAAAGACAGUCAAGAAACCGGUCGAACCCGAACCUGUGGAUACCGAGUUUAAAAUAAAGAAAAAACCGCGACUUCCUGAAGCACCAAAAGAAGUAGAGGAGCAAAUUGUGCUGAAGAAAACGCCACCACCAGCCGAAGAAACGAUGAGCGUGGAACGUAUUAUCAAGAUCGAGAUAGAACAGCCGGAAACGAGCAAGCCACUGAUCGAAGAAGUGGAACAGGAUGAACCACAUGCACCCGAUGAAACGGAGGCAACAGUGGAACCUGUUGUCGAGGAACCAGUCGACGUUGUAUCGUUAGUGGAAGAAGAUAUCGUACCGGUACAACCACUGGUAGAAGAGGUUCACGAUGUGCAACCGAUCAUUGAGGAUGCAAUCAUUGAGGUUCCCUCUGAGGAGAUGCCUAGGAUCGUGGAGUCGGUUCCUAUUGAAGCGAUCGUUGAAGUGCAACCACAGGCAGUGCCCGCUCCUAAAGUCAUCGAAAGCAGACUCGAGACCUUAGAAAAGGUACUGGAAAAACCGGCUGAAAAACCGAAGAAGAAGGUCGUGGUGGUCAAGAAGAAGAAGGCAAGCAUCGAUGACGAUGGCGAGUUACAACGGUUGUUGAACUUGGAAAUCGAGAAAACUGAGCUGGAACAAUACGAACGGGUAGACGUAGACCUGCGAAAGCGAGAAAAAGUUCAGAUUGACCAGCAACCAAAACCACAACAAGCGGUCGAGUCCACCGUGGAACCUGAACAGAGUGCGCAGGUGAAGCUGCCACACAAAAAGAGUCAACCGAAGGUAGAAACCAUCGAAGAAACGGAGGUUGAAGUUAAGAUAAAACCCAAGAAGCAACCGAUGACCGAAGAGGUUGAGCAAGAGACCACAAUUUCUCUCAAGAAGCCAAAGAAAAAACCACAAAUUACGGAGGAGACCGCUACCGAAGAGGUAAUCGUACUGAAACCAUCCGUACCCAAGCCGGAAGAUGUUGAAGAUGUGGAGGAAGUGGUGAAAUUAAAGAGUAAACCAGCACCGUAUACUACGGACGAGGCAGAAGCCUCGUUGGAGAUUGUUCGCAAAGUAGAACAGCCAGUGGAGAUUUCAGAACCGGCGAUUCAAACCACGGAACCGGCGAUAGUACCGGUGGAAGAAGUAGCUAAGAAACCGGAAGAGAAGAAACCAAAGAAGAAAGUUGUGCCAAAGAAAAAGAAGGAAGAUGACAUUGAUGAAAUUACUAGAAAGCUGCUCGAGAUGGAUGUGCCGAAGACGGAGUUGGAAAAGUAUGAAAAGGUGGAUCUGGAGCUGGCCAAGAAACCCAAAGACACAGUCGAAGAAGUCACGAUGGUGAAACGUAAGCCGAAAAUUAAGCCAUCCGUCGAAGAAGAAGAAGAAGAAGUGGAGGCGAAGCUCGCUCUCCCGCGCAAGAAAUCAGCAGCCCCAGAACCAGAAGAGGCAGAAGCCACGUUUAAGGUGGCUAGAAAGCCUUCUGUGCCAGCUGAGACCGAGGAUGUUGAAGCAUCAAUUACCAUCACCAAAGAACAGGAGCUGCCGGAAGAAGAGAUAACCGAGCAUGUGGUGGUACGAAAGCAGCGACCUCGUCCCAAGCCAGCCUUCCGACGCGAGGUGCUGGAUGAAGAGGAGGUACGCAUUAAGAAGAUCAAAAAGGUGCGACAACCGCGUCCUGUCUUCAAGGAUAUUGAACCCGAAAACGUAACGUUCCGGCCGAAGCGAACUAAACACAUUGAAGACAUUGAGCAGGAAUUCAAGAUUCAAUUGGAUUCCUACGCCCGUGAAGAGAUAUCUAUGUCCGGCCGAGUGAAGCUCCCCGCGCCGUACAGCUACGGUGAGGAGACAGGCGAAGCCCACAUCACAAUCGUCAAGCAGGUCGACGAAGAUGACGAGGUAGUGUACGAGGUCAUCUAUGACGAUAGUGAACAGGAUGCGGAAGACGAUUACUACCGCUACGAGGAGGACACUGAGAACGUGGUGCUCGAGCUGCGCAAGCGGCGCGAGAAGCUCGAAAGCCUUAUCACGCAUCACGAGGAGGAGAUCUCUCUCGACCUCACCAUUCAACGCAACAGAUCACAGCUCACCACCACACACGAAGAAGAAUCAUUCACACUGAAACAGCCCAAGAAAGUCCUACCGACAUACUCUGAAGAAACUGCCUCAUUGAAAAUCGUCCGUGAAGGUGAGAGGGGUCGUACUGGAGAGGUUUAUUGCAAGGGCGGGUUUGCUGAAAUAAAGCAUUUCUUUCCUUUUGCAGAAGAUGCCAAUGAUAUGUACUGCAUUCAAGCGGUCGAGGCUGAAAACGAGGAAGCACUGCACAUCGUCGAAGGAGAGAAGGUCUAUGUAAUUGAGCAUAGCAACUCUGAGUGGUGGUACGUGAAGCGUUCGUGGUCUGAAGAGCGAGGCUUCGUUCGACGGGAGUAUCUGAUGGAUGCAGUCACCUACCCGCAAUACGUGCAAAAAACGCUUAACGAGAAGAUUGAUAAGCUACCAAUCUUUGAGAAACCGGCGGCCAAUGAGAAACCACUGGCGCCAAAGAUCGUCGAGAAGCUGCAACCGAUCAACACACAGGAUGGUUACACCGUUCAGUUCGAGUGCAAGGUGGAGGGAUUCCCUCGUCCGUCGAUAACAUGGUUCCGCCAGACGGCCGUCAUUAAGCCGUCACAGGACUUCCAAAUUUAUUACGACGAUGACAACGUAGCGACUCUGAUCAUUCGAGAGGUGUUCCCAGAGGACGCGGGCACGUUCACAUGCGUUGCAAAGAACAUUGCCGGCUUUGCGUCGAGCUCAACGGAAUUGAUUGUGGACUCGGUUACCUCGGACCACGGCUCGGAUGUGGCGACCCUGUCACGAAAGAGCAUGUCCCGUGAAUCAUCGCUGGCUGACAUUCUUGAGGGCAUCCCGCCGACCUUCUCACGUAAACCGAAGGCCCAAUACGUAGACGCCGGUACGGAUGUGUUGCUCGAGUGUCGUCUGGUGGCCGUUCCCGAACCGGAUAUUCAAUGGUUCUACAAUGGAGUGGAGAUUUCCAGCAAAGAUAACGUGCAGGUAGUAGUGGAGUCCGACAUGCACAUGUACUGCACGGUGGUACACAUUAAGGGUAUCGAUAAGGUGCAGGAAGGCUCCUACCAAGUGGUGGCACGCAAUCGCGAAGGAGAAUCUUCGCUCGAUAUUAUGGUGAAGGUGAAAACCGGUGUGCAAGAGCCACCACAAAUUUUAGAACCACUAAAGAGCAUGAGCAUCCGUCAAGGAGAGACGGUCGUGCUGUCCACACAGGUCGUUGGUAAUCCUGCCCCGGAGGUGGAAUGGUUGAAAAAUGGUGUCGCUCUGGAUGUGCCGACGCAGGUUGAUCGGAACAUGUACACCGUGACGCUCGUUGCACCGACGCAUGAUAACGCCGGCGAAUACACGGUUCGUGCUAAGAACUCGGCUGGCAGUGUCGAGACUACAGCAUUCCUGACGGUGGAUGACUCGAAUGUGGGCAACCCGCAGGCGCCGCUCUUCCUUGAGCGCUUUGAGGAACAGAACGUUGCCCAAGGAGCAACAAUUAAGCUCCCUGCUAAGGUCACUGGUAAUCCAGUGCCAGAGAUUCUGUGGUUGCGCAACAAUAACACGCUGCUUCCGUCGAAACGCGUGAAGCAGGCAUAUGAUGGGGAGAAUAUUGAGCUGCUGAUUAACAAUGCGGACUCGGAGCAGGAUUCGGGCAACUAUAAGUGCAUUGCCUCGAACACGAUCGGCAAGGCUUCGCACGGAGCACGGGUAACAGUCGAGGUGGAUAAGGUUACAUUCACGAAAAAACUAAAGAAGACGAUCACAAUCGAAGAAAGUAAGGCGGUAACGCUCGAGUGCGAAACAUCGCAUACCGUCUCGACGAAAUGGUUCCACAAUGAUAAGGAGCUGAGCGGUAUGGAUCAUCGAAUGAUCGUGCAGGAGGGCAAGAUCCACAAGCUGAACAUCAAGAACCCGACCAUCAACGACACGGGCGUCUACCGGUGCACGGUGAAAGGGCAGCAGACAGAAUGCAGCCUGACCGUGAUCGAGGCGAAACCAGAAUUCCUCCGUCGGCUCGACGACGUUGAAACGAAGGAGAAAGAGAAUGCCGUACUUGAGGUGGAGAUAACCUCCGAAACAGCCGACGUCACCUGGUACAAGGAAGGUCGCAAGAUUGUGGAAACGACGGGCAAGUACGAGUUCAGCAAGAAGGGCAAAUCGCGCGUCCUCUACGUUCGCAAUACAUCCGUGCACGAUGAAGGUGAGUACACGUGUGCAUUGGCCGAUCAAGAGUGUUCGGCCGAAGUGUCCGUCAUUGAGCUACCGCCGGAGAUUAUCACGCCGCCACGCGAUGUUACCGUUGCUCGGGGCGAGGACGCCAUCUUUGAGCUCGAGCUGACCAAAGGUGACGCCCUGGUGCGCUGGUACCGCAACGAAGACGAACUUUCCUUCAACGGUCACGUGCAGCUAACGAUCGAUGGUAAACGACAAACGCUCAAGAUCAACCGGACUGUCGAUGCUGACGCCGGAGAUUACACGUGCGUGGUAGGUGAGCAGAGAGCCAAGGCACGGCUCACGGUCGAAAAACCGGUCGUGGACUUUGUGAAGCGCCUGCCUGAGGUGACUCUGACUACGCGGGAUAACGAUGCCGUGUUUUCGGUCGAACUUUCCGAAUCGGCCGACGUCGUUUGGUAUCGCAAUAGCAAAAUUAUCACCGAAUCAAGCACCAAGUAUGUACUGAUCGUAGAGAAGUGUGUCCGCAAACUGAUCGUUAAGAACGCCUCCGAAGAGGACGAGGAUGAGUAUACCUGCGCCGUGUCGAACGCAAAGACAUCGUCGAAACUGAAGGUAGAGAUCAUCAAGGUUGCUCCGACGAUCUUUGAAGAUGGACCGAAAACAUUCACCAUACGCAAGGACGAGGAUGUGACAUUCACCGUGAAGUUUAAUGCCACUCCGAAGCCCGAGGCCGAGUGGCGUGUCAACAAUCGUAUCAUAAUACCUUCGGCAGCAAAGUUCAUCUCAACUGUUACGGACGAAACGGCCAGCUUGACCAUCAAGCGAGCAGCCGAAGUAGAUGCCGGCGAAUUUAAUCUCAAGCUGCUCAACGAGUGCGGCGAUGCCAGCACCUCCUUCACCCUUAUCAUCAAGAAGCAACCUGGCGCCCUCGAAGCCCCCGAAGCUACGCUUAUCACGGAUGAUUCCAUUACUCUGUUCUGGAAAACACCGGCCGAUGAUGGCAACAGUCCUAUCACGGAAUACUUGCUGGAAUAUCAGGAGAAGAAUGAAAAGAGAUGGACGGAGAUAACAUCGAUCACGGAAACCACGACGACCGUUACGAAGUUGAAGAAAAAUUCCGAGUACACAUUCCGUGUCACCGCUGCCAACGAUGUGGGUAAGGGACUGGCAUCUCCCAACUCGCCCUACUACAAGAUUAUAGCUCCAAUCAAGAAGGAGGCUCCGAUUGUGAGUGAACACCUAAAAGAUGUACACGCCGGACUGGGUCAGUCGAUUACGCUUAGCUGCAUCGUAGCAGGUGUUCCUACACCGGAUAUCACUUGGUUCCGCAAUGGUCAACCGAUGAAACAGGAUGUAUCGUACGAGAACGGUGCAGCCAAAUACGUCAUUAAAUCGACCACCGUGGACAGUGGUGCCGAGUACGUUUGCAAAGCGACGAAUGAGAUUGGCAGCGUGGAGACCAGUUGUAAGGUGAUUAUCGAAGAGAAACCUUCGCUCACGGUGGACAAAAAGCAAAUCGUCCAGAAGCUGCGCGUUGGCGAUGAAUGGAAGGUUGUGGCCAAGUUUACCGGCUAUCCGACACCCGAAAUCGUUUGGUAUCGGGAGGAAGAGGUCCUAUCAUCUAAUGCUGAACGAACCAUCGUAACAGUGGGUCAAUCGUCGACGAUUGUCAUCGCAUCGCUGGACCGUGCCGAUACGGCCAAGUACGUUGUGGAGGCACGGAAUUCGGCCGGUACGACGACGGUAGAGUUGAAGCUCAAGGUCAUCGAUAAGCCCAGCAAGCCCGAGGGACCCAUCAUCGUGCGCGAGCUCAGCCCCGAGGCGGUAGUGAUUGAAUGGAAGCCACCUUCAGAUGAUGGAGGUCUCGAGAUUUCGCAAUUUACUAUCGAGAAGUGCGAUGACGCGAACAAGAACGCCUGGAUCAAGGUGGCCGAGGUACAGAAGAACAUUAAAUCGUAUUGCAUCCAGAAAUUGAUCGACAGCACGCAGUACCACUUCCGUGUUAUCGCGCAAAACCCGGUCGGUUGUUCGGAACCACUAGAGAGUGCCACGGUGAAAAUUCAGCAAACGCUCGAAGCACCGUCGCCACCACGUGGACCGAUCGAAACGUCCGGUAUGACGAGCAAUUCGUUUACGCUGACGUGGCAACCAUCCGAAUCAAACGGUGGUAGCAAGAUCACGGAGUAUAUCGUAGAAGUGAAGGAAUCAAAGAAAAAGGUCUGGAAGAUCGUUGGUACAACUAGUGCCUCUGAAACGUCGUUGCUGAUCGAAAAUCUGGCUAUGAACAAGGCGUAUGAUUUCAAGAUUUCGGCCAAGAACAAGAUUGGCAUUAGUGAACCGCUCGUUACGGAAGAAUCCAUCGUAGCAGGAAAAGAAAUCACCCCACCAUCAGCUCCACGAAAUCUGCGUAUAGUGAAUGUAACCAGCAAGAGCGUCAAGCUCGAAUGGCAGCAGCCGGAAACGAAUGGGGGAUCAGACGUUACCGGGUAUAUUAUCGAGAAGCGGCUCACCACCGCUACGCAGUGGACUAAGAUCAAAACGCUCGAGUCGAACUGUCUUUCGUACUGCGUGGACAAUAUGAAGGAAAAAACAGAGCUGGUGUUCCGGAUUUUCGCCGAGAAUGCGAUCGGUCUGAGCGCACCUACUGUAUCGGAGAGCAUCGUUCUCAAAUCACAUGCCACUGUUCCAUCCCCACCAACUGGCCCCCUGGAGGUGCGAUACCUUGGACCGAACAUCAACAUCGUUGAAUGGGGCAUUCCAGAGUCGGACGGUGGAGCACCACUCGAGGGAUAUAACAUUGCCAUCCGCAACGCGAAGAAAACGAUGUGGAUGGAAGUUGGGCGUGUGACGGCCGAUUGUCAGUCCUUCAACAUUAAGGACCUACAGGAAAGCGAAGACUAUCUGAUUCGCAUUAUGGCACGCAAUGAAGUCGGUAUCAGCGAUCCGUUAGAAUCGGAUGAACCGUACACUGUUCAGCUGGGUGCCGCUCCUGACGAUGUACAUGAUGAAACAACGAGAGACUUCUCGGAACCGACUGGCACGAACACAUCAUCCUGGUUGCGCGAGCAUAACAUGACGGCUGACAUCAACAGCUAUGCCCGCCAUAAGUUGCUCAGGAGAAGCGAGUACUUCUUCAAGCUUUGGGUCAAUGCCAAGAACCUCUUCAAGUAAUCUAUCGAACGAUAUCACAAAACGUCACAAUCAUCAAUCGCUCUUCUCCCAUAUACCAUACCCCGGCUUGGGGGGAGGUGAAAAUAGCCAACACCAUAUGUUUUGUAAAUCUUGUUUGUAAUAUGUUUGUCUAGCAUCAAUGAUUGUUAUCCAGUAGCUGCUAAAAUAUCAAAAGAAAUCGACAGAAAAAUGUGCAAAAACUGUGAUAAAAGAGCACUAGCAGCAGAGCAUUACUACUACAGCGAUGAAAGGGUCCUUCUGAUUGCGAAUCAACUUUGGAGAAGUAGAACAAUCGAAUAAGUAGCUUGUUUUUAGAAAUCGAGCCAAAGAAGAACCGUAUGCAGAAAUAGAUGCAAGAGAGAAACUAACAACAUAUACGAUCAACCGCUGAUCAUCAACAUCAGCAACGACACGCAGCAAAACGACAGGGCAUCCCACAGGCUAUCUGUAUGCCCGGCUGCGUUGGAGUAGUUUGUAAUAGUAGCGAAGUGGGGAAAAUGAAAAACCAAACGAGCGCGGAAAAUAAGAGACC